CCAAGGCAAAGGAUGAUCCCUGCUGCCUUCCCCCAUGUGGGUGCCCCCACUACUCCCAGCCCCGGCGACAUUUGGGUCCCUGCACCCAUGCCCGCACCCAUCUGAAGGACCCUGCGGGGUGUGUGGGGGGGUCCCUGUCCCCGGGGAGGGGACGAAGUGACACCGCGGGGACCGCUCCGCCCCGGGCAGCCUCGGCUCCUGCUGCCCGCACCACCACCACCCCCCCAGCACCCCAACACAUCCCGCAGGCGGCGGAGCCGCAGCCGGAGGACGGCGGAGCCGGGGCUGGGCAGAGGGAUGGCUGAGGGGGAAAUCACCACCUUCCCCCCCCUGACUGAAAAGUUCAACCUUCCCUUGGGCAACUACAAGCACCCCAAACUCCUGUACUGCAGCAAUGGGGGACAUUUCCUACGGAUCCUGCCAGAUGGGAAGGUGGAUGGCACCAGGGACCGCAGCGACCAGCACAUCCAGCUCCAGCUGAGUGCAGAAAGCGUGGGAGAGGUGUACAUCAAGAGCACCCACUCAGGACACUACCUGGCCAUGGACCCCACGGGGAUGCUCUAUGGCUCGCAGCUGCUGGGGGAGGAGUGCCUGUUCCUGGAGAGGUUGGAGGAAAACCAUUACAACACCUACGUCUCCAAAAAGCACGCUGAGAAGAACUGGUUUGUGGGGCUGAAGAAGAACGGGAGCAGCAAGCUGGGCCCCAGGACACACUAUGGCCAGAAAGCCAUCCUCUUCCUCCCCCUGCCCGUCUCACCUGACUGAGCCCAAACCCCAGAGGUGACCCAGAACCCCAAAACCCAGCCAGCACCACCACCACCUUUGCCCUCCCCUUGCUCUCUGUUUUUUUGGCCGGGGCUGCAGAGCCCAAGGUUGGAGCAUCCCAGAGCAGAGCUCCUGCACCCUGCCCCGAGCUUGGCAGAGGGGAAAAUCCCCAGGAAUGUGGCCAAGGGCACCCCAAGGCACGCUUCCACCCUCCCCAGCCAUCCCGAGGCUGGGAUGCCCUCUAGUAAGAUAUUUACCCACCUAAUUCUGUAGCUCCUGGUGUGCCCUGGGAGCAGUUUCAGGCUGCAUCACGUCCCCAAGGACCAGGAGACAUCCUCAGCCCAGCUCCAAGACAUCCCAGCUGCCCUCCCAGCACCAAUAUUCCUGCAUUUCUGUGCCCCUGGUUGCCAUAUGUUAUUUCUAUUUAUUUAUGAAGUAAAGCCAUCUCUUCUACAA